AUGACCCCAACCCCAGACCUCCAAGGGUUCCCCGGCUAUGCACCGGUCUGGAGCUUCAACUACAAACGUACAAGAAGGACUGGAUUGAACCUGCUUGUUCCGGAGAUGGAUUCAUUCUGCUCAUGUACCUCAGUCUCACUGCUCCUUCCCAAAGUUCCUGAGCAUCAACCAUACGGCAGGCUUCGUUCCAUCAUUCGAGAGCCGAACAUGCUGCACCUUACAAGAUACAACAUAGCAACCACGUGCGUGAUCGCGCUCGGAAGCUUCAGCUAUGGUUUCGGGAGUGCCGUCUUCGUUACAGUGAUUGGUCUCCCAGGAUUCUACGACGCCUUCGAACUCGAUCCCACUACUUCUCGUAUGUAUCGCUGCUUCCAUCUAGGACGCCGUGGCCUGGCUCUCACAGGACAUGUAACUGACAUUACAAAACGAAAAACAGACACUGCCAACAUUCUAGGUGCCGUCAAUGCAGUUUACUUCACAGGUUGCGCACUCGGCUCACUAGGGCAAAGCUUCCUCGCCGACUGGUUGGGACGCAAGAAAGCCCUAUACGUCGCUGCAAUACUGGCUCUCAUUGGAAGUGCUUUGGUGGCUGGCUCGGUCAAGAUUGGCAUGUUGAUCGCUGUCCGCGUUGUUCAAGGAGGUGGACAGGGCAUGCUCCUCGCCCUCGUGCCACUCUAUCUGUCGGAGGUUGCUCCACCUCACAUACGGGGCUUCUUGACAGGCUUGACGACACUAUCCUUCGGGAUAGGCUAUGUAAUAGUCGGUUGGAUCGCGAUCGCAUGCUAUCAUGCCUCGAACCUCACUCUGAGUUGGCGUCUUCCGCUUGCUCUUGCGACCGUCCCACCCAUGGCACUGUUGGCCGGCCUCUCCUUCGUUUCAGAGACACCCCGCUUCCUCGUGUGGCGCGGGCAACGAGAGGAGGCUUGGAGGGUCAUCAAGAAGCUUCAUUAUGACCCUGCAGAUCCUCAGGACGAGGGCGCUCGUGCCGAAUUUACUCAAAUCGUCAGACAAGUGGAAUUUGACAAGGAACAGAAUACCUCCUUCAUUCAAAUGUUCAAGAAGCCUACCUGGAGACGUCGUUCCCUACUGGCUAUGUUCGCUACGUUUGCCGCACAGUGCACUGGUGUAUGGACAGUCGUCCAAUCCGACCGGCCGAACGUUUACGGGAUCACCAACUAUCUGCCACUCAUCUUUGCAUCCUUGGGCAUGACAGGCGACGUACCUCUCAUUCUUUAUGCUUCCUACAAUACGCUUGGGACGGUUUGUGUCCUUGCUAGUAUCAUUCUUGUGGAUCGAGUUGGUCGUCGACCUCUUAUUGGUGUGGAUAACUCCUCAUCUGCUCAAGCAAAGCUGACAAAACACUUAGUGACUGGCUAUUGCUUGGUGGCCGGGGUUUUGCUUGCGGAAGCUCUUCUUCAGUGGAAAUACAUCGGCACCACCAGCAAGGGUGGCAACGGGGCAUGCAUAAUGUGCAUAUUCCUCUACAUUGUGGUCUUCCAGUGUGUGGAUGCUCCCGCCUUUGCUUGGGUCGCUGAAAUAUUCCCGACCAACCUGCGAGCCAAAGGUGUCAGCCUGGCCAUCUUCUCGCUCUUUGUUGGGACUAUCACGUUCACAGCACCGUCGCCUCUGGCAUUCAAGAACAUUGGAUGGCAUAUGUUUCUCAUCUACUUCGGUCUCGCGAUUGUCGCGGCAAUAAUCGCAUGGUUCUUCAUUGUGGAAACCAAGGGUGUGCCCAUGGAAGAGAUUGGUGCGCUUUUCGGCGAUGAGGUCGUCGUACAUUUGACCACUGAUGGACACGGGAUCGUUGAAGACAAGAGUGGUCCGGAGGAAGUUGAGAAUGUGUCAAAUGCAGACACCGCGAAAGUGUGACGGGAAGGCGACCGGGGUCUAUCAGAUCAUCAUUGAGGAGGAGCCUCAGUUGGAAAGUCUUUCCCGAGAUGCGUCCUUACGAGAAAGACAGGAGUGUUCGCAGAUAAGGUCAAGACGAGGUCUCGCGCAGUCUGGGGAUGGAAGAGAACAAUGAUGGUAGUUUGCCUACACAGUAAGAAAUGCCCUUUGUAGAUCUGUUAUGUGUAGGUGACCAGGAUCUAGCAUACCAGACCCCUAGGUGCUCAUUGCAAAGUAAAGGAGGGUAGUCAUUCCCCCAAUCCUUCGGUUAUAUCAAGGGCCGUAGCAUAACCGAAGAUCGGGGUCCCUCUCCCGUAUCCCAUGCUCCAUCUCCACACCUCCACGAAACCUUCCCCAAAUUUGAGCAUGUUCCGUCAGAAAGUAGCAGCUUGAUA